AUGAGCAACUCAUCAAGUUAUAUUAGUGACAGUUUGAAAGCUGCGCCAUUUCAAUUAAAUAUUUGGUUUGGAUCAUUUCUCUGGGUCACAGGAAAUAUCGGUUGUUUAGGAAACAUCAUUGUCUUUCGUUCUCGGUCUUUCCGAGAACGAGCUUAUUCGAUUUAUUUGGUCUCUGAAGCCUUAUCAGAUUGCCUGUAUUUUAAUUUUGUUCUUUUGACACGAGUAUUACAAAAAGGUUUCCAAAUCUCGCUGACAACUCGAUAUGAUUCUAUCUGCAAAUUACGACAAUUUGUGUCUGUUUGGGGAAAUCAAAUCUCUUUUACUCUAUUUACAUUCGCAACCAUUGAUCGAAUUCUAUCUGCACAACGUGACAAUAAAUACCGUCGGUGGAGUAAUCGUGUUUCUGUCGCAUACAAAGCAACAAUCCUGUGUUUAUUAUUUUGGUUUCUUUUGAUUUGCCAUCGACUUGUUUUAUACAAAACUGUCGAUGGUUCAUGCAUACGUCCCACCGGUUUCUAUGAUGAUUAUGACAACUAUUUCGAAGUUGUAUUCACAGCUAUAAUGCCGCCGGUUGCCAUGUAUUUACUUGCAUAUCUUCUUAUACGAAGUGUUCGAGGUGUUAUUCAACGACGGAUUACUCCGGGAAAUAAUCAACCACAGCAAACAAAUAUAAAACAUCGGACGGUUCUUCAACAGAUGGACAUACAAUUGACCAAAAUGUUGAUUUUACAGUGCGCUGUAGCAGUUUUAACGUAUGUUCCAUUCGCUGCAGAAUUAAUUUAUUCAAAUGUGACACAAUAUUGGACAAAGACACCAUACCAACGUGCGUUGGAGAAAAUUGUGGUUGAAUUAACGCAUCUGUUGUCAUAUGUAUUUUUUGCUACAAGUUUCUACGUAUCGAUUGUUACUAACGUAGGUUUUCGUCGAGAAAUGUUACGUUUUAUUCCGUGCUCGACAAAUCUUCGAAGGAGUGAAACAAGAUGUAGCACGUUACAGCAUGCAGCUGGCUCAACUUUUACUUCACCUUAUGAGAAGACAAAAUACUGA